AUGUCGUCCUACGGCUCGGUCUUGCCCACAGCGGCACGCGGAAUCCUCUCAGCAUGCCGGAAUCCGCUGCGGGAGGCCUCAAUUGCCCCCGUUCUCUCGACUUUCCAGCAGGUCCGAGGUCUCAAGAACAAGCCAAAGAAGGGGAAAGAGCAGCCUACCAAGAGCCGCAAAGGACCCCAGGAGUUCCGGCAAAUCAAUUUGAAGGAUAUGCCGCAGUAUGCUCUGUGUGAUGCUAUGCGAUAUAUCCGGGCCAUCGAAGUCGGCCGCGAACCCUCCGUUCAAAAAUACGAACUGCACAUCCGACUGCGAACAAAGCGCGACGGUCCCGUCAUCCGUAACAUGCUCCGAUUCCCGCACGCCGUCCAGACCGAAUCCCGCAUCUGUGUCAUCUGUCCUCCCGGUUCGAAAGCAGCCAAGGAAGCGCUCGCUGCGGGUGCCGUUCUUGUCGGUGAACAAGAAGUGUUCGAGGCUGUCAAGGCUGGCAUUAUUGAGUUCGAUCGCUGUCUCGCCCACCCGGACAGUUUGCCGGCGCUGAACAAGGCCGCACUGGGUCGCAUCCUCGGUCCUCGCGGUUUGAUGCCUAGUGCGAAGACUGGUACCGUUGUGGAAGACGUGGCUGCACGCGUGGAAGAUCUCCGCGGUGGUACUGUGUACCGUGAGCGUGAUGCCGUUAUCCGUUUGCCUGUCGGGCAAUUGGGCUUCUCUCCGGAGCAAUUGCGCGAUAACAUGCGCGUGACCCUUGACCAGAUUAAGAAGGAUGCUUCCGCCCUGACCGACCGUGUCAACAAGGAGAUCUACGAGGUGGUACUGAGCUCGACCAACGGACCCGGAUUCUCACUCAACGGCGAGUUCCGCUCCGACUCAUCCCCCCAACCUCCGCCUUGA